UCCCCCCCGAAGGCCGUCAAGGGGGCACAAUGAGUCUGCGACGCCGCCACCACCAUUCCCACCAGCAGUUUCGUCCGUUAUACUUAGCAUUUGGAGUUGUCUUGCUCGCGUUCACCUUUCGCUCAGAUAAUUACGGACUAGUUCUAGCUACGUCCCAGCCAGGUGACUUGAACCGCGCAACCAAUGCCAACUCCAGUCCCAGUCGAAAGUGCUGCAAUGAAACCGGACCGGCGGCGAACGGACACCGUGUCGAGGUGCAAUUUACCAGCAAAGUUGUCCAGAACGAGUAUAUCGUCGCAUUCAACAAUUACUACAAGUCAACAGCUCGGGAGAACUAUCUGCGUGCCGCACUCAACCCGUCUAAUGUGCAUAAUUGGCGGAUAAUACCUCGUUCAAAUCCAGCCAGUGAUUAUCCUAGUGAUUUUGAUGUGAUACUCUUAGAAGAGGAUUCCAGCCUGUCAGGCUUGGAAGCGAUCAAAUCCCAUCCUCUGGUAAAAAGUGUGACUCCACAACGUAUGGUGCAUCGUACGUUAAAAUACAUUCCCGUGUCAAAGGACGAAAUCGAAGCAGAACAAACCGACAACGAUCUAAACAAUGGAAGCAAUGAUGCCAAUGACGAAGAAAAUGAAAAACUGCUGCAGGAGCUAAUUGAAAUCCUAAACAGCAAUCCAUCUGAAAGUCACGCUGUAUAUCAAAGAAAAUUACAAUCGUUACCUGAAAUCAAUCUAAAUCAAACUGGCAAGGAGAAUGGUAGUAAUAGCCAGCAAAAUGCAACCUAUCUAAAUGGUGCCAAUCGUCACAUAAAUCGCCGACUAUUACGUGCAAUUUCGCGUCAAAUUACAUCGUUGCUAAGAGCGGAUGUUUUAUGGAGUCUGGGCAUUACUGGAAAAGGGAUAAAAGUUGCUGUUUUCGACACUGGUUUGUCGAAAAAUCAUCCACAUUUUAAGAGAAUAAAAGAACGAACAAAUUGGACAAAUGAAAAGUCCUUGGAUGACGGUGUUAGUCAUGGGACAUUUGUCGCGGGGGUGAUUGCAUCAUCCAAAGAAUGCUUGGGAUUCGCUCCAGAUGCAGAGCUACAUAUUUAUAGGGUUUUCACAAACAAUCAGGUCUCUUACACAUCAUGGUUCUUGGACGCGUUCAACUAUGCAAUACUCAAAAAAAUCAACGUAUUAAAUCUGAGCAUUGGUGGGCCGGAUUUCCUGGAUCAUCCAUUUGUUGACAAAGUUCUUGAAUUGACAGCAAACAAAGUCAUCAUGAUCUCAGCUAUUGGAAAUGAUGGACCACUUUAUGGAACCCUUAAUAAUCCAGGCGAUCAGAGUGAUGUAAUUGGAGUCGGUGGCAUGAAUUUUGAGGAGAAUAUUGCAAAGUUUAGUUCGAGAGGGAUGACAACGUGGGAACUGCCGCAGGGAUAUGGACGUCUAAAACCAGACAUCGUCACAUACGGAAGCCAAGUAAAAGGCAGCAACAUCCGUGGUGGAUGCCGUUCACUGUCCGGAACCUCAGUAGCUUCUCCAGUUGUAGCUGGCGCAGUCACCCUAAUCGCCAGUGGCGUUUUAAACAAAUUAGACAUGAUCAAUCCAUCAUCUAUGAAACAAGCUCUCAUCGAAGGAGCUACUCGUCUUACUGACAACAAUAUGUUCGAGCAAGGACAUGGCAAAUUGAACAUUUUGAAAAGUAUGAAAAUUUUAUCGUCGUACACACCAAAAGUGACCUUAAGUCCGUCGUACUUGGAUUUUACAUCGGAUUAUAUGUGGCCGUAUAGUAGUCAGUCGUUGUAUUAUACAAGUGCACCGGCUAUCGUGAAUGUGACCAUUCUGAAUGGAAUGGGAGUAACUGGGAAAGUGAUAAAUAAUCCAACAUGGCAUCCGUAUUUGAAGCAGAACGGGCAGUUUUUGAAUGUAUCGAUUUCGUAUUCGGAAGUUUUGUGGCCGUGGUCUGGAUGGAUGGCUUUGCAUAUUGCAAUCAACGAGCAAGCAUCAAACUUCGAAGGUCUUGCACAAGGUCACGUCACCCUCACUGUACAAAGUUCGGCAGGUCCGGACGAAUCGGAGGCUCGUAACAGCACCGUAAGCUUCCCCAUUCGUGUCAAAGUCAUACCCAAGCCACCCAGGCAUAAACGCAUCCUCUGGGAUCAGUACCACAGUCUACGUUAUCCUCCCGGCUAUUUGCCACGUGAUAAUUUAAAAAUCAAAUCUGAUCCUCUAGACUGGCGAGCAGAUCAUAUUCACACAAACUUUCGAGAUAUGUACACGCAUCUCCGAAAUGCCGGUUAUUAUGUUGAAGUCUUAGGAAAACCGUAUACUUGCUUCAAUGCAUCAAACUAUGGCACGCUGUUGAUUGUGGAUCCAGAGGAAGAAUUCUUUGAUGAAGAGAUUGCAAAGCUGAAGAAUGAUGUUUACAAUCACGAUUUAAGUGUGAUUGUGUUCGCAGACUGGUAUAACACGAGUGUUAUGCGGAAGAUAAAAUUCUUUGAUGAGAAUACGCGACAGUGGUGGAUGCCGGAUACAGGCGGGGCAAACAUUCCAGCUCUCAACGAGUUGUUGAGUGAGUUUGGUAUCGCUCUUGGGGACUUUGUCGCAGAGGGAUAUUACUCGAUGGGUGACCAUAGUAUGUACUAUGCAAGUGGAUCUACGAUCGUUCGUUUCCCGAAGACAAAUGGAACCAUUUUAAUUCAGGCUGAUUUGCAUGAUCAAGGAGUUGAGAUCCUCAAAACGCCUGAUCGCAAUCCGAAAGAUCGGUACUCCGUCGCUGUGCUUGGCCUUGUACAGCUUGAUAAACACGUGGAAAAAAUGCAGACAAAAUCACCGUCAGAUUAUCAUUUAACGAAGUUUGAAGAGAAUGCCAUAGACCAGCCGCCCCUCCUGGACAAUGAGCUUCGUGACGACGCGGAUCAACAGCAACAUUUCGAACAACAAAUGGAUAAGAAUCCAAUACUGAACAAACGUAUUCUUUUAGAAGAUACCGCCCUCGAUGCAGCGGCUGAAAAUAAAACCAACAAGGAUCAUCGAAAACUGAAAUUUGAUAACAAUGAAAUUAUCAAGAACCUGGAAAAGUUCGAUGAUCUAACAAAUGAUCUCGAAGCGAACAAUUUAGAUGUAGGCGGCGAAGACGACGCAGGAGAUAAUGAUUUCCAUGAAUUGCCAAGCAAAAUAAAUGACUCUGAUAAGAACUUUGAUUUAGAAUUGAAGGUUUUGAAAAAGGCUCCUACGCCGACUGAGCCUGACCAUGUUCGUCGUGAGGGUCGCAUAGCUGUUUUCGGUGACUCAAAUUGUCUGGACUCCACACAUCUGGAAAAGCCAUGCUUUUGGCUAAUCGAUGCAUUGCUUGAAUACACAAUGACUAGCCAUGUAUCGAAUUUACUACGUGACUUGAACAAGUCAAAACAAAUCAUCUUGCCAAAUGGAAAUGUUGUCCCGGCCAGGCCAGCAUCUGGUGUUAAAGGGACAAAUUCCGACUUGUAUCGACAAUAUCAAGAUACACCACCCACUCUGCCGUCCCGUAUAACUGGCAGUAACUUGAAUCAAUACUCAAAAGUUUUAGAUCCUAGCAAUUCACAACGAAAACGUACCAUUUCGCAGUGUCCUGUUUUGCAAUGGGAAUCACCAGUAUUUUUAAAUUUAACUGCACCGCACGAUUUGAAGCAAUUGACGAAUAAUGAUGGUGGAAUUGCAGGCGGUCAUGGCGGUGCUAAAGUUCAUGAGGACGGAGAGAAUAAUUCAAAUCUUCUACGUAAAUUGGAGAGUCAAAAAGCCGUCCUAACUCCAGACGACAUAGGAACUGGUGACAUAUCUAACUGGCGUAACAAGAAGCCGCCUGAUGGUGGUGGUGGCGGCGGAGCCAGCCCCUACAACGAUGAUGACAACAACAUCGAAACGUAUCUAAAACAUAAUUUACAAAAUCAAAAACAUUUAAGUGAUAGUAUUGGCGUCGCGGGCAUGUACGGAGGAGGUGGUCCAGCAGACAUGAGCGCGAUGGCAUCAAGUAGUACCAAUAAUCGAAACAGUGAUGAUGAAGAGACUCUUAACUAUUCGAUAAUAACAUUAUUUUUAUUAACCCUGUUAGUUUUUAUUAUAUUUAUAAAUUGGUUUAAACGACGAAGAGUUAGUAGAUCGCGUGGAAACCAUUCACUACUUAAUUAUUUAUGGUCGUAAUUUACAAUGCGCGUAGAUUUAGUUAGCUUUGAUUUAGUACAUGCAAGUAUGCUUCAAUGCCAGCGGCAUUUAUAUUGGGUAAUAUAUUCGCGAUAUUAUACACAUUAUGUACGUAAUACUUCAGUCAAAGAAUAAACCAUGUCACGUAAGGUCUUUUAUAUAGGAUUGGGGAAAAAGAAAUGUCGUAAUUGUGAUCGAAAUUUGACGCUUUAUUUAACAAACUUAUAAUUAUCCGAUUUAAGUCAACUAUGCGCCGUUUUGUUCGCAAACUUGUUGCCAUUUAGAAAAC